AUGCCCGGUAAAAUAGUUAACGUUGCAUUUCUGUCGCAAGUAGAAGAUGUCGACGAAUAUUUGUUGGAAUACAAAAAAUUAAAACAAAUCAACGGAAGAAACAACAGAUUUUACCAAAAUAAGAGUGUUGAUUCCUACGAUAGAAAGUUUGGUCAUGAAAAUUCACCCUUAAGCGGUAAUCCAAAUAAUGUAGCCUUCCAGAACGGCGGCAACAAUAACAGUAUCAAUUACAACGGUAAUAUUUACAACACUUUGGGAAAUUUCAACAAACAGACUAACCACUCCAUGGGUUACGGAAAGAAAAAUAUGUAUAACGGGAACAAUCACAGGAACAACACCAACGGUAAAUUUAAUAAUAGCUCGCAUUAUUACCAAAAUCAACAAAAUGAUACGGCAGAUUUCUCUUAUCCCUCUGCAUACAACCAGAACGAUCUUGUCGCUAAUCAGUUGAAACAAACCUAUCACCAGUUGUUCUAUACGGAAAAUAAUACUGAGACAGGUUCUGGAGGCUACAAAGAAACUAGCCCCUUCAUGUCCACUAGUGAGCCUUUGAAUCCACAAGUCAACACUUCCAUUAGAUCCCUUUACGAAGAUGUGAAAUCGUCCAUUGGACAGACAUCAUUUGCAUAUGGCACAGGUGACCAAUUUACUGGAUUUCCAUCUUUCCCCUACCAGCAGCAACCGGAAACCGACAGUGCUCUUUUAUUUGGUUCUGAUCUCAAUGGCAAAAAGACUUUAGCUACAGGAAAGGAGAGCUUACAAGCGCCGAAGGGGACAGGAAGUUACUCGGGGGCAGCUCAAAGAUUCUCACCGUAUUUAAAUGGACCUUUCGGGUCAGCAUCUCUUUCUAAUUCAGAGACACUAAUGGCUUCUUUGUCUCCAACCACUAGUAACGAUAUAUUCCAAUCCCCAAAUUUGCCGUCAGCGAGUUUUGGGAUGAAUCUAAGCCCAGGAGUUCCGCUACCCGAUAUCAGCAAUGGCACAGUUGGAAUUGAUCAACAAUUGACGCCAGGUAACAACACGCUAGCAGGCUCCAAGCUUGUUUCAUCAAAGGAAAGAGCUUUGGAUAUGGCCCAGCCGUUCUCUGGUGGCUCGAAGGCGUCUUCCAUUAAUUGGGGUUCUAAUGUAUCCAACAAUGUAUCAUCGUCAACAGGUAAUGGUCCAUUUGGGAUAUGGAAUAGUGACAUGAGUGUAUGGAGUUAA